AUGCCAAAACAAAUAUAAUAAUUUGUUUAGUUUGGAACAAUUUAAUUGCCUUAUUCACAAUUAUUUAUUUUAAGAAGACAUGUAUUUGCAACAGUAAAUUUAAAGCCUGCAGCAUAAGGUUUGAUAUUAAUAAAUUUAAAAAAGGUCAUGUAUUAGUAUGUUCAAGAAGACCUGUAAAGAGAUUGUAUGAUAUGACAGAAGUUGAAACAGUAGAAUUUUGGAUAACAGUUUAAGAAGUAGCAAAAGUGAUGUCUGAUAUUUAUAAAGUAAAAGCAUAAAUAAAUAAUGAGACAAGUUGUCAUGUUUCAAUUUAAGAUGGAAUUCAUGCUGGAUAAACUGUUCCAUGUGUUCAUUGUCAUAUAAUCCCAUUUUAAGGAAAGAUUUAGAUAUCUUAAGCAGAAAACUAGAAGACAGAAAGAAGUGAAGAAGAUAUGAAUUAAGAAGCAUAAAAAUUAAGAGCUCACUUUGAAUAAAGUUUAUUGUGA